AUGUCAUUGAGAAUCUGUUGGAGGACUCGAUCUUGCGGCAAACGUGUAUCUUGGCUCUUCAAGGAGCUGAAUACACGUUGUGCAUCCACAGCUCCUUCUCAUAAUGGCUCCGCCAAAUGCCCAAAUCGCGAGCUUGCAUAUUACUGGGACACAGCUCCGCCGACACCUACCCAGCUCCGGCGGGCUGAGAAAUUCUUCGGCGCAGCGCCCCCAAAGCUACUCUUCUCUGCGACGAAAUUCCGGACAGUAAACAACAGUGCAAUACCUGAAGUUGCUUUCCUUGGGAGGUCCAAUGUAGGCAAAUCCAGCCUCCUCAACGCAUUGAUGGGGCAGAAGAUAUGUCAUACGAGCAGCAAGCCAGGAAGAACGAGAUCUAUGAACUUCUUCGGAGUUGGAGGUGAAGAUGGGCGUGGUAGUCCAGGCAAACUGGCAGUAUUAGACAUGCCAGGCUAUGGAAAGGGCAGUCGAGAAGAGUGGGGACAGGAGAUCAUGAAAUAUCUUGUCGGGAGGAAGCAAUUACGGCGAGCCUUUUUGCUGGUUGAUACAUUACACGGCCUCAAACGCUCAGACGAAGAGAUUCUUUCGUUGUUCCGUCAGAACGCAAUAUCUCAUCAGAUCAUAUUGUCCAAAGUUGAUCGUAUAUUGUUUCAAAAGUCUCGCCCAUCUUUAGCCCGCAUGGAACAGAACUCCCCAGAGUUGGAUCGCAUAUGUGAAGAAUUGAAGGUCAAGAUACAACCCGGGAACGGAGACGGCCCGGAAGCUCUCGGUGAGAUCUUGGCGUGCAGUGCUGAAGUGACACUCGAGGGGAAGAAGCUCGGUAUCGACAAUGUCAGAUGGGCAGUGCUUGCAGCCACAGGCCUUGGUGAAGAGAAGAGGAAGCUUUCGUUGUCAGAGAUCUCGACCGAUACACCAAAUGAUGGUGUUUCCAUUGGGAACACUGUCCAUCCGGACUCUAGUCUCGAACGCUGA